CUCGACGACACCACACCUCCUCACAGCGAGGUCGACCUAUGAAGAUCUACAAGAUGCUGGUGCACUGGGGCAUCAUGCUGACCGUCCCCACCGCGAUUGCUCUCACGGUGUUCAAGCCUCUGGACGAAGAUGGUCAGCGGGCAAUGCUGGAGGCCAAAUACAAGGACGAUAUUGACCGACAAAAGAAGAACCGAUCGAAGAUCAUGGAUCUCUUGCGACCUUCUUCGGACACAAGUGAAGGCAAGGCUCGGAGCGACGAAUUCACCGACAGGGUGAUGAAGGGCGACCCUGCCACGCGACCGGCUUGGGUUAAACGAUUCGAAUAAGUCAAUAUGUCGUUCCACUGUUAGCUUUACAGCACUGGUCUAAACAGUUAUGUACUGUCGUACACUUGC